AUGGAGGCGGUUGUUGUUGACUGCUGCGAGUCGCCGCCGGCGAAGCGCCCCAGGACCGCCAUAUGGAAGCUGGAGCCGUCGAGAACGGUAAUAGACUUGGAUCUUGAGCCCGGACUUCGAGCUUUGCCGGGAGAGACAGACGAGGCCUUUGCGAGCCGUUUGCAAAAUCUUGCGCAAGAGGAGGCGGAGUUGGAACAUCGCCGAUUGGCAGACGACUCUGCUCUUGCUCACAGCUUGCACCAAGCCUGGCUUCAGGAAAGCGAGCAGACGCACAGCACGCAUUUUCGCCACGCUGUGGGAAGGACUGCAGCCUCGACGCUUGUUGGGCUCCCUCCAUGGGCACAGCCCCUGAUCCCUGAAGUGGACGAGUUGUCUUCACACAGACUUAAUCUGCAAGAUGUGGACAUUCUUGGCACGAACCGCGAGCCCUUUCUUCAUCUUCGAAACGUUGAUGGGCAGCAAGGCCUUCUGCUUGCUGGGCGUGUGCUCAACGAGCUUCGUUGUCAAGGUCUGCGCCUCCUUUUACCAGAGGGCCGAGUCCGGAACGGCAUCGUUGUCCGGAGGCAUGCGGAGCGUCGUUCAGUGGACCCGUGGAGUACUGGAAUAAGAGUUCUGCAUGACCUUGCCGAGACCAUUCGCCUCGAUCUUUGUCGAGCCUACGCCGCGCAGGUCCCGGAGUUGCGCCGUCCACAUAGGGGCUGGAGCGACACAGAGGUGAUGGUGUCUGGUCCAAAGUUUAAGCUGAAUCGCCACACAGACCUCCAACCUGCAGGGUCGCUGCUCUUCAUUUUCAGCAUUGGUCUUGCCAGCAACAGCCAAGCAUGGCCUGGAGGUGUGCUUAAGGAGGCAUGUCUGCAGAGCGGUGACCUCAUGAUCCUGGACGGUCGGCGCACUGCUCAUGCCGUGCCACGGCUGGUGCCUCGCAGCAGUCCCUUCCCAAAGUGUCCAUGGCUUGCCAAUCGCCGGCUCGUCGUUCUAGUGCGGGAGCGUCCUGCUAGCAGCUAG